AUGGCGAGGCUCGGCGACGUCGUGGCGGGGAUGGCGAGCGGCCCUGGUAGUGGCAAGGGCACCCAGUGUUCUAAGAUCGUCAAACACUUUGGCUUCACCCAUCUCAGCGCUGGCGACCUUCUGCGUGAGGAAGCUAAAUCUGACACCCAACAGGGUAUGAUGGUAAAGAAUCUGAUGCAUGAAGGAAAGCUCGUGCCGUCAGAGCUCAUCGUCAAGCUACUGUUCAAGUGAUCCCAUUAGCCACAUGCCUACUACUAGUUCAUUAGCAUUGAACCUGAGUUCGUACUAUUCAUCGACUGCCCAAAGGAAGAUCUGGAGCGCCGCAUUCUAAACCGGAAUCAGGGAAGAGAUGAUGACAACAUCGACACCAUUAGGAGGCGGUUCCAAGUUUUCCAGGAGUCGACUAUGCCUGUUGUUCGGUACUAUGAGAAAACAGGGAAGCUUCGAAGAGUUGAUGGCGCUAAAUCCGCUGGUGCAGUUUUUGAAGAUGUGAAGGCCAUAUUCGUGCAACUGAACACCCAGGCAAACCAAGGUAGCAGUGUGAGCAGAGUACAGAGCAAUCCGUUCAAGAGGUUGCUUGACCUAUUCUGUGGUUGCUUUGGGACGCGGGAGGUGACAAACUAA